GAGUGUACCACAGUGUACACGCUGUUGGAACUGCGUCUGUGUGAUUCAAGUUUAUAUGAACAAUAUAUUAUGUAACAAGUCCUCUACCAGUCACCCAGGACGGCAAAAAAUACAUUCUCACCUUCACAGACUACUUCACCAAGUUUGUACGACUUUUUUCCACUACUGGACAAAACAUCGAAUUCAUGCAGUUGCAAGAUGCAUCAAGACCUUCGUGUCCAGGUUUGGACGGCACCCAAGAACCCCCAUGGAGGUGGAUGCCGCUGAGGAGAAUCCGAAUGUCUCUGUGCCAUCUGAAGAAGAUAUUUCAACUGCUGUGGCUAACAGGGAGUACAAUAUGGAGCUAAUUAAAAAAAAGGUGGAGAGCAACAGCACAAAAGCACGCGACAGUCAGAAGCAGACAUAUGCGGCCAGGAAGGCAAAGGGCGUGAAAUACUUCUUUUUCAAGAAAGGAGACCACGUGUUGAGAAAGAACAUGAGAAAGCAGGGGCGAAAAGGUGGAAAGAUGGAGGCGAGUUGGAGUGGUCACUUCGAAAUCAGUGAUAUUGAUGGUACCCAAAGAGUGACACUUGUUACUCUAGAGGGGUACACCCUGAAGACACGGGUACCAUAUGGGCAACUAAAGCCUCACCGUUCGCCAGUAUCGACGGCUGUCCCCAUGGCAGGACCAGUCGUCGAACAGUGUACGUAUAGGAAGCAUCACGCUGAACCCACAGGACUUCCGGUCGCUUGAAGGCCACGGCUGGCUGACUGACAAUGUCAUACAUGCCUACAUGGAAGUCCUCAAGCAGGAGCAACAGACCAAAGUCUUAUACCUGCUACCCUGUUUCUUGGCCCUGAAAUGGCGGACAGCAGUAAAGGGAUGGCUUUUUUUAAAAGGUUUGCUUUGCAAGCUACCAGUACAUCCUGAUGCCCGUGCACUCUCCAGGCCACUGGGCCCUUCUCGUUGCCGAUGUGGAUGCCCGCACAUUGGGAGUCCUGGACUCAUUGGGGCAUGACAAUCGUGGGCAAGAGUUCCUAGCAGACUGGCAGCAUUGCAUGAUGGCUCGCCCAGAACAGCUGGAUGGAUGGACCGCAGUGUCACUUCCCAGCAUUCAUAGCUGUGGUGUCUUGACCUUGA